CCGUAUUGGGAUGGAUAGGUGUGGAUGAGCCUAAUACCAACGUCCGCUCCAGAGUCUUGGGUUCGUCUGCUGCGCCGGCCACAACCCGUUGGCUAUCGCACCUCCUCAAGACACACUCGUAGUCGUAUGCCUUUUUGCUAAUCCGGCGAGCAAGAAUGACUUUGUGAAAGUUACAGAUUGCCAGCGGAUACACCGCCAGGUCAGUGAGAAGCAGGCCGUCACGACUUGGUCAUUCUCGGCUUAGCGUUGAUGUGUGCGGAUGCGCUAGACAGGGGCCGUCCUAAAGCACUCUGUCUACUGCAGUGUACGUACACUACAGGGAAAGACAGCGACUUGUGCCACGAACUGGGAGCCUCGAGCCCCCUCUCACCCUUCCCUGUUGGAGUCUGCGAAGGCUCCGUCUUUUCUCUCUCUCCAACCGUGUUGCUCUCCCUGGCCACAAUGAGGCGCGUAGCACCUCGGGCCCAAUUUUGUACUAGUUUAGACGCCUCACACCCCCCUGUAAAGACUGGGCGAGGUUCCCAUCCGGCGUACUUGUGGGCGAGAUUGCUCGACAAUGCAAGGGCCCGGAUGAUCCACGUUGAUUGCCGCGAUUACAGUUCCUUUUUGGAUACUUUGGCCUUGCAUUAUGAACGUGAAAAGAAAAGGAGUGCCAGAGGGACAGAAAGAAAGGGGAAAAGAAAAAAAGAAAAAAAGUCAGUCGCCGGAACGAGAUCAGGGGAGGGGAUAUGCUCGAGCAGGAAGAGACUCAGACUUUGGGAUCGCGUUGCUGGGUUGUGGAGACGUGCAGAGGAGACGACCGACGAAUAGGAAUCUGGCGAAACAGGGACGGGGAAAUGGUUCAAAUGAAAAUGAAAGCAGAAGAAAGCAAAAGGAAUGAC